AUGAAGGGAAAACACACAAGGGAAGGCAAUUCUAAUGGAGAUAUGGAUUGCAGCUACAAAGUGAAAAAAGUUAAUUGGUCAGAACAUGCAAAAGCACACAACGACUUCUUGAGCCAAGAUAAAUUCUUGAGUGCAAACUUCCUUUUCUCGUUGUCAACUCAAAAACCUCAAACUGAUGAAGCAAUGGGUGCAAGGUCUGCGAUUUGUCAAGUUCGGGAUGUAGGAAGGAACACGGCACAAGUUGAAAAGGCUUGGAAGCUCCUGUCUGGCCUUCAGUUAUCUUCUCGAAGUUAUACCAAACCUGGAAAAACUCUUUCUCUAUGCAAAGAUGGAAAUGUUUCCGUAUCUCAGAGCACAAGACAAACAUCUAAAUGCUCAUCUGGUUUGAAAAGCACAGCUGGAGAAUGUCACCAGAGUUAUCAGAACCCUGCAAAAGGUGAAGUACAUACUGGUGAAACCAAUAGAAACUCGGGCAGUACCUGGGUAUCACGAGCAUUUGAGGCUAAAGAGAUCCCUCACCCCAGAGUGAAUGCCCCUACCAAGGCCUCAUCUGAUGUCAUUGAUGAUGAUAACAUGGAUGAUGAUGACAUUUUGGAGAAUAUCGAUGUGGAUCAAAUUGUUUUGGAUCAUUACCAAUCAACUCCUCUACCAUCAGUCUCUAGAUUUCCCCAAACUACCCCGUAUACAAAUAAAGGCAAUUUUUCUGUUGAGGAAACAAAUUUACCUCCAGAAUUGUGCUUAAUGUGCAGUCACAAUCAUAAGCUAGGCAUUUGUCCUGAAGCUUCACGUCACCUGCAGGCUAUGAAGGAUACUCUAAUAUGUAUAUCCAAUGAUCUUCUUGACAAUGUUGGUGAGAUCAAUUCAGAGAGAAUCCAGGCCCUUCAACAAGAAAGGCAAUUGCUGAGGAAGCAGAUUCAGCAGCUUGAGAAACAUCUCCAAACAACGUUGGUGAACGAGGAAAGGAAAAUGUCUCAUUUUUCUGCUUCCACAGCAUCCCAUAUGCCAUUUCAGCGUGACACUGCUUCAACAAUGCCAUCUAUAAUCGAACCCAGAAGGCUAGAUUCCCAGUUUCAAGCAAACAAUGAGCCUUAUGAAUUUGAUAGAUGGGGCCAAUCGUCUUCAUCAUUUUAUUCUACAGAUGGGUUUGGUUUAUCAAAUGCUUCUGUGGAGAGAGAACCGUAUAUUCCAAAAAAUAUUGAGAUAAAUUACAUAGAUGGUUCAACUGACAAAAAAUGGAGCAGUCGGGAAUUUGCUUGGACAAAGAAACUAGAGACAAACAACAAAAAAGUGUUUGGCAAUCAUUCUUUCCGUCCAAACCAAAGGGAGGUGAUCAAUGCUACAAUGAGCGGCCACGAUGUUUUUGUAUUAAUGCCAACUGGAGGGGGUAAAAGCUUGACUUAUCAGCUCCCUGCUCUUAUAUGUCCUGGCAUAACUUUGGUCAUUUCUCCUCUCGUUUCUCUCAUUCAAGACCAAAUAAUGCAUCUACGGCAGGCAAAUAUACCUGCUUCUUAUCUGAGUGCCAACAUGGAGUGGACUGAGCAGCAGGAGAUUCUAAGAGAGCUUAGUUCUGAUUAUUGCAAGUACAAGUUGUUAUAUGUCACUCCAGAGAAAGUCGCUAAGAGUGAUGCUCUACUGCGUCAGUUGGAGAGCUUACAUUCUCGUGACUCUCUUGCUCGUAUUGUCAUUGAUGAAGCUCAUUGUGUUAGCCAGUGGGGACAUGAUUUUAGACCAGAUUACCAGGGUCUUGGUAUGUUGAAACAGAAGUUUCCGAACAUACCUGUCUUGGCCUUAACUGCUACUGCUACUAUUAGCGUUAAGGAAGAUGUUGUGCAAGCACUAGGUCUGGUAAACUGCAUUGUCUUUCGGCAAAGUUUUAAUCGUCCAAAUUUACGAUAUUCUGUGGUUCCCAAGACAAAGAAGUGUGUGGAAGAGAUUGACAAGUUUAUCAGAGAGAGUCAUUUUGACGAAUGUGGAAUCAUAUACUGUCUAUCGAGAAUGGAUUGUGAAAAAGUUGCUGAAAAGUUACAGGAGUAUGGACACAAAGCAGCCUUUUACCAUGGCAGCAUGGACUCUGAGCAGCGUGCAAUGGUUCAGAAGCAGUGGAGCAAGGAUGAGAUCAACGUUAUAUGUGCGACCGUGGCAUUCGGGAUGGGUAUUAAUAAGCCUGAUGUUCGGUUUGUCAUUCACCAUUCUCUUCCAAAAUCCAUUGAAGGCUACCAUCAGGAGUGUGGUCGUGCUGGUCGGGAUGGUCUGUCUUCAUCUUGUGUCUUAUACUACAGUUAUAGCGAUUAUAUUCGUGUGAAACACAUGAUUAGUCAAGGAGCUUUCGAGCAAAGUUCCCUAUCGUCAGGCUAUCAUCGUGCAAAUACGGCACCUUCAGGGAGGUUAUUGGAGACAAACUCCGAGAAUCUGCUACGAAUGGUUAGCUACUGUGAAAAUGAUGUUGAUUGUCGACGUCUCCUACAACUAAUUCAUUUUGGAGAGAAGUUUGAUUCUAUGAACUGCCAGAAAACAUGCGAUAAUUGUUUCAAGAAUCAAAACUAUGAGGAGAAAGAUGUGACUAAGACUGCAAAGCAGCUGGUCGAAUUAGUAAAGACAACAAACCAGCAGUUUUCAGCUGCUCAUCUCCUGGAGGUGUACAGAGGUUCCUUGAACCAGUUUGUUAAGAAACACAAACAUGAGAAGUUGAGAUUGCAUGGAGCUGGAAAACAUUUGGCCAAGGGUGAAGCAUCACGUGUACUCCGCCAUCUGGUCACUGAAGAUAUCCUGAUUGAAGAUGUGAAGAAAAGUGAUAUGUUUGGAUCUGUAUCGUCAGUAUUGAAGGUGAAUGGACCCAAGGCCAACAAUCUUGUUUCUGGUGUUCAGACAAUUAAACUAAGAUUCCCAGAUUUUGCCAAAGCAUCGAAGUCAAGUCGAUCAGCAGCCGCCACUCCAGCAAAAGUCUCAUUGCCUAUGGAAAAGAAAAGCUUAACGCAGGUGGAUAUUCCAGCAGCCCAACCUCAAUCUGAAGCGAAUUUGGACCUUCCAGUCAAAAUAUUUCGUGCAUUGCGAGCACUUAGAACCACCCUUAUCAACGAAGCUCAAGAGAUUGGAAUGAGUGCUCAUCACGUUUUCUCAACUACCAUAUUACAAAGAAUCUGCAGGGCUAUUCCUAGAACCAAAGACGAGCUCCUAGAAGUCGACGGCAUCGGAGAUGGCAAGCUCAUGAGAUACGGUGACCGUGUCCUGGAAACUAUAGAGGCCACCAUCAGAGACCAUUAUGGGGACAAAAACGGCACCAACAGUAACGACAGCUCGGAUUCGAGAAAAAGGGGAAAUGACACAAAGGUAUCGAGUGGUACCUCAAACGAUGACGAUUUUGUCGAGAUCACUGGCCCGACGAGAAAGAGGCUGGCAAAAAACAGGGAUAAAAAUCCUGAGCCGGUUUAUGAUGCAUUUCACGAAUUUGAUGAUAUAAACUUUGAUGACGAUCUGAUUGAAGUUGAGGUCGGCGAGGUGGAUCGGGUGAAAGGCGGCAGGGUCUUGCCUUCGUGGUUGGUUAAUGGGAAUUGA